CUGGGUUUUUUUGAUUUACUCGUUUUUUUUGUACUUAAAUGUUUUUCUGCAAACUUCGGGGAGAGUGGUCUUCUCCUCAGCACCAAGCCUGGACUAAUGGAUUACCACGUGCUCGGAUUAAUUUUAGCUUUCCUCCUCGGUGAUGCCAACGUUUUAGCCGGUUAUCCCAUUUGGUGGUCCCUCGCAUUAGGCCAGCAAUAUACCUCGUUGGGCUCCCAGCCGAUCCUGUGCGGUUCCAUUCCUGGCUUAGUGCCCAAGCAGCUCCGGUUCUGCCGCAACUACAUCGAGAUCAUGCCCAGCGUGGCUGAGGGCGUGAAGCUAGGAAUCCAGGAAUGCCAGCACCAGUUCCGGGGGCGCCGUUGGAACUGCACCACCAUUGAUGACAGCUUGGCCAUUUUCGGGCCUGUUCUCGAUAAAGCCACGCGAGAAUCUGCCUUUGUCCACGCCAUCGCCUCAGCCGGCGUGGCCUUUGCCGUCACUCGCUCCUGCGCUGAAGGCACGUCCACCAUCUGCGGUUGCGACUCGCAUCACAAGGGGCCACCGGGCGAAGGUUGGAAGUGGGGAGGCUGCAGCGAGGACGCCGACUUUGGCGUGCUGGUUUCGCGGGAGUUUGCCGACGCCCGGGAAAAUCGCCCGGAUGCCCGCUCCGCCAUGAACAGGCACAAUAAUGAAGCUGGGAGAACAACGAUCUUGGACCACAUGCACCUGAAAUGUAAGUGCCACGGGCUGUCGGGCAGCUGCGAGGUCAAAACAUGCUGGUGGGCCCAGCCGGAUUUCCGCGCCAUUGGGGACUACUUGAAGGACAAAUACGACAGCGCUUCAGAGAUGGUGGUGGAGAAACACCGGGAGUCUCGCGGGUGGGUGGAGACGCUGCGUGCGAAAUACGCCCUCUUCAAGCCGCCGACGGAGCGCGACUUGGUCUACUACGAGAACUCGCCCAACUUCUGCGAGCCCAACCCUGAGACCGGCUCGUUCGGCACCCGAGACAGGAUGUGCAACGUGACCUCGCACGGGAUCGACGGGUGCGACUUGCUCUGCUGCGGCCGCGGCCACAACACCCGGACGGAGAAGAGGAAGGAAAAGUGUCAUUGCAUCUUCCACUGGUGCUGCUAUGUCAGCUGCCAGGAAUGCAUCCGAGUUUAUGAUGUCCACACGUGCAAAUAAAAAGAGGCCCUUGAUAGAGCGGAAUGAUAAAUGUGAAGAGACUGCCAGGAAACACCAGCGUUGCAGCCCCUGACGCCUGAACACGGAGAAGAAAAAACAAGAGCCCUUUUCUCCCUCCUUCCUAGCCAAGGCAGGCAAUGGCGGAAGAACCACCCUGUUGGAAAUCAACGUAACAAGACUUCCUUGGCCCUUCUGCCAAUCCUGCCAGCAUCUCCCUUCUUUCUUGUUAAAACAGGUUCCUGAUUUCAAGCCGAAACAGUUUUGGGGUACGGGAGGGGGUCUGGUUUUUUUGUUGUUGCACAUAUCAGAAUAUAAUAUAUUUUUUAAAACCCUAAGGACUGAUCAAGGCUGUAGCGACGCUGACAAGAGGGGCAUGGUUGCAUCUGCUCACUGCAGUUACCGAGGUGCAGGAAAAGAAUGUCGGUGCUCAAGAAAACAAAAGGCAACCCUGUGAUGGCCGCCUCAGGCCUCGGAGUCAUCAAGCGACGACUGCGGUUGUUUUGCGAAUCGCUUCAUACGUUAAAACCUUGAGCUUCCCUCCGCACUCACACACCUGUAUGCCCGGUCUGAGUUUUGAGUCAUCCACUGUGGAAGCAGCAUUGAUUUCGGUGUUGAAGGGGGCGGGG